AUGCCUGGGGCGACGGCCGUCGAAGUGCCCGCCGUGGCCAUGUCUUUUGCCAACAAUUUUUGGGGUAAGGACGAUGCUGGAGUUAGUCCUCUCCUAGAACGGAUGCACGGCGCAAAACAAACAUGCGACGAGCUCAAGGCGUUCUACAGCACGCGGGCGUCGAUCGAGGAAGAAUAUGCUAGGAAACUGCUCAACCUCACUCGUAAAGCCCUUGGUUCCCAGGAAGCGGGGACGCUGAAGAACUCGCUGGAUACAGUGAGAGGCGAGGUCGAGUCGAUGGCGAAGCAACACCAGAAUAUUGCAGCUCAGAUGAAAAGCGAGCUAGAGGAGCCGUUGGCCGCUUUCGCUGGUGGUAUGAAGGAACGUCGUAAGAUCGUUCAAAACACAGUCGAGAAGCUUCUGAAAACGAAAGUACAACAAACGCAGCAUGUCAAUAAGACUCGGGACAAGUAUGAACAAGAGUGCUUGAAGAUUAAAGGAUAUCUGGCUCAGGGACACAUGGUCAUGGGACAGGAAGAGCGCCGUAACAAGGCUAAGCUGGAGAAGACACAGAUUAGUGUUGCUACAUCUAACACUGAGUAUGAAGCCGCUGUGAAGGUGCUUGAGGAGACUACGACAAGGUGGAACAGAGAAUGGAAAGCUGCUGCCGACAAAUUCCAAGACCUCGAGGAAGAGCGUCUUGAUUUCACAAAGAGCAGUCUUUGGACUUUCGCCAACAUUUCAUCAACCGUCUGUGUGAGCGAUGACGCCUCCUGCGAGAAAGUCCGGCUCUCGUUGGAGAAAAUGGAGGUUGAGAAGGACAUCAUCAGCUUCAUCACUGAGAAGGGAACGGGACAGGAGAUCCCAGAUGCACCAAAAUACAUCAACUUUUGCCGUGGGGAUGUCACCGAUUCCCAGUCUGAGGCUUCGGAGGAUGAUCGAUUCUCAGUGGCUCAGUUUCCCAGGAGUAUCAACCCGGCCUUCAGAUCUUCAUCUCCACAACCCUCAACUUUCGAGUCUCACCACGACCCGGACUCUGCCUUGGCGAACAAUUUAGCGCACAGAGAUGUGGGAUCUGCAAACAGCCGGGAAUCACUCACGAAACCCCAGAGACAGGCCCCUGCAAGGCAGUCAAUGGAAGAGGUAUAUCGGCAGCAGCCACCAGUUUCGCACCGGCCUCCUCCUUCAGUGAGGCAGUCAACUGAAGAAACAUACGAACAUCAAAAGGUACAAGCAUCUCACAGACGACCUCCGCCAACAAGGCAGCCCGUAGAGGAACCAUAUCAUCAGCGACAGUUGUCAUUGUCAUAUCAAAGGCAGCCGCAGCAAGGACGGCAGUCAAUGGAAGAGACAUAUCAGCAUCAGGUGUCGGCGCCGCAACAACGACACGCUCCACCUACACGACAGUCAAUGGAUGAGACGUACGAUCAUCAGUUGUCUGCUUCACAGCAGAGGCACCACGCACCACCGCGCCAGUCGAUGGAAGAGACAUACCGUCACCAGGUGUCAGUACCGCAACAGCGACAGCCCCCGCCCGGGCGACAGUCAAUGGAAGAGACAUAUGAGCAUCAGUUGUCGGCUUCACAGCAAAGGCAUGCCGGGCCUCCGCGCCAGUCGAUGGAAGAGACAUACCAGCAACAUAUGCCAACAUCACAGCGACAACCUCCAGCUGGACGACAGUCAAUGGAGGAGACUUAUCAACAGGCACAGCAAGUCUCAUACGAUGUUAAUCAGCACGGUCCAGUGGCGGAAGUGCCACAUGAUCCAUACCCUAUGGAUGGAAUGACAAUGUUAUGCCGAACUGGACCACCCUCAGAUCUCAGCUCACAGGUAACCUCGAACAGGCCGUCUAGCAAGGAUGAAGCUAGUGACUAUGCAACAUCGUUCUCCAGCGUCGAGCCACCGAGCGGGAAAACCUCACCAACGAAGCAAGAUCCACCUCCAGAGGCAAGCCCCGAGAAGCGGAUAUUCAAGAAGAAGAGUGGCUUCUUCCAGAAUCAUAGUCCUUUCAGGAGGAAGAGUGUCAAGGAGGCUCAGAACCCUGUCCAGUCGAAUCGCAACACAUGGCACGCUUCCGGCUUCCAGAAGAAUGAGAGUCCCCGCCGACCCCAGUUGUUCAGUAGAGGCUCUACCCAAUCCAAGAAUCUUCUCCAGGAUCGCACGGCGAGCCCUGAGCCCAUUGAUGCUAAUGCAAGCGUUGCGCUGGGCGUAGGACAAAAUGUUCUGCCCGUUACCCGGCCGGAGACCAAUAAGCGACAUGAAACAGAGCCUGCAAAACCCGAAGUUGACGAAAAAGAUCCGAUUGCAAUGGCCUUGGCUGAACUGAAAGGUGUGACGCUUGGAAAACAGUCUUCAGUGCGCAUGUCGGCCGAUCAUUACCAUGGAAUUGCUACUCCUGCUCCUGGACCGAAUGCUUCAAUGUCCCACUCUGUGCCUACUCCUGGUAGUCGGGACACAGCUGCAGUCAAUCGUGGAACACCACCACCUUCGUACCAGCCCGGGCAGACGCAGCCCAGUCGAGCCCAACCGGCAGCGGCCCAGCCUGUAACAGCUCAACCAGCUCGAGCUCAGCCAGCACCGGCUCCAUCUGCUCGGGCUCAACCUACACCAGCUCCAUCUGCUCGGGCUCAGCCAGCCCCGGCGCCAUCCGUUCGGGCUCAACCUGCCCCGGCGCCAUCUGUUCGGGCUCAACCUGCAGCAGCACAAUCUGUUCGGGCUCAGCCUGCACCAGCGCCAUCUGUUCGAGCUCAGCCUACACAGACGCAGGCUGCUCCUCCGUCAAGGUUGGGCGUACCUCCGCCGGCAGUCACUUCCAAGGCUAUGCGGGCAGCGACACAGAAGGCAACAACUCAGACCCGAAGUGUAUUUUCCGAAGGAAGAGCAGAUCCUGGAGCUGCUAGCACUUCGCCUAUGUCUCGUCCUGGGACUCGCGGAACUGAUGUCCCGCGGGCAGUUUCGCCUGUGCCAGCUCGCAGUGCAUCACCCCAACCACAAAUGGCUAAUAACACCGGCAGUGGUCGGAUGGAUCAUCGAUCCGUAUCUCCAAACCCACAUGAAUCUCACCAAUACCAUCCUCCACAGCAGCAACGGAGAGACUCCUCGUAUGGAAUUCCUGCCAGCCCAAGGGGACGCCCAUCAGAGCAGUACCACCGGCAAUCUUCUCCUCAUGGGUCAAUGAGAGGCUCCGUGCGAGGGGCUUCUCCAGCCCCUCAAAGAGAGUAUCAAAGGCCAGUGAGCAGCUAUGCAGGAAGUGACAUGGCUGUACAGCUGGCUCCUGCAGGCGAUGACCCGUAUGGCUCUCAACGAAGUCGUGGGUCUAGUAGGCCAUCGUCUCGGGCAAUGGGGCUUUACAACGGCGAUUCUAGACAACGGAGCAAGAGUGUAGCAGACCCCUCGAGACUCUAUACGCCUGAUGGCCGGCCGAUCUUGCAUUAUGCUCGUGCCAUGUAUAUGUACCAGGCGGCUAUUCCUGAGGAACUGGGAUUUGCUAAGGGCGACUAUCUCGCCGUUCUCCGUCACCAGGAUGACGGAUGGUGGGAGGCCGAAGUCCACAACGGAAAUGGUCGCAUUGGGCUGGUCCCGAGCAACUACCUCCAGCCAUGCUAG